GCUGCUCCUGAAUUUCCUCCUCUCCUGCCUGUCUCACUCUGCUUCUUCCUCCCACCUUCCCCCCUCUUCAACACUCCCUGGACCAGAGCUGGAUUCUGAUGGAACUGCCAAGAUGUUCAUGUCCAGAAUCCUGGAUUUUCAGAAGACAAGAUAUGCCAGGUUUAUGAAUCACAGGGUCCCGUCCAACCGGAGAUACCAGCCAACGGAGUAUGAGCACGCAGCGAACUGUGCCACGCACGCCUUCUGGAUCAUCCCCAGCAUACUGGGCAGCUCCAUCCUCUACAUCCUCUCAGAUGACCACUGGGAGACCAUCUCAGCCUGGAUAUAUGGGUUUGGCUUGUCUGGCCUCUUCACUGUCUCCACCAUCUUUCACACCAUCUCCUGGAAGAAGAGACACCUCAGAACAGUGGAGCACUGCCUGCAUAUGUUUGACCGGAUGGUGAUCUACUUCUUCAUAGCAGCAUCGUAUGCCCCCUGGGAAGCUGUGGUUUUAAAGCAUUCGAUUAAACCAUUCCCUCGGUGCUCUGCCGCCACUGAGCCUGUCUUUCUCCCUCACAGGUACAAGCUGGUGGAGCUGGUGUGCUACGUUAUCAUGGGAUUCUUCCCCGCCCUAGUGAUCCUUUCGAUGCCGAACCGAGAUGGCCUCUUGGAGCUGAUGGCUGGUGGGCUUUUUUACUGCCUGGGCACGGUGUUCUUCAAGAGCGACGGACGCAUCCCCUUUGCCCAUGCCAUCUGGCACCUCUUCGUGGCAACCGGAGCGGGCAUCCACUACUAUGCCAUUUGGCGGUACCUCUACCGGCCCGACGCGCUGGAGGCCAAGACGUCCAGAUAAGAGCCCCAAUGACACGGGACACGCAAAUCGGCACUUGGGGACAGAUUUCCCAAGGAGCUUGGCUCUGAUUCCUGCCGGAAAGCCAUUCCCAGGGCCCGCUCCCCUGAUGGGAGGGAGUCACUGGUGUCCGUCUCCAGCCAAUCUCACGCAG